AUGGACGCUCACAUGAGGAUUCACACAGGAGAGAAACCUUUCAGCUGCUCUGUUUGCAGCAAAAGAUUUCGAUGGAAAACUAAUAUGGUCACUCACAUGAGGAUUCACUCAGGAGAGAAACCCUUCAGCUGCUCUGUUUGCAGUAAAAGAUUUAGAUGGAAAACGUAUAUGGUCACUCACAUGAGGAUUCACUCAGGAGAGAAAUCCCUCAGCUGUUCUGAGUGUGGUAAAAAAUUUUCAAGAAAAUAUUGUCUAAUGUUGCAUAUGAGAACCCACUCAGGAGAGAAACCCUUCAGCUGCUCUGUUUGCAGCAAAAGAUUUACACGGAAAACGUAUAUGGAAGCUCACUUGAGGAUUCACUCAGGAGAGAAACCCUUCAGUUGCUCUGUUUGCAGCAAAAGAUUUACACGGAAAAGGUAUAUGGAAGCUCACAUGAGAAUUCACUCGGGAGAGAAUUCCUUUAGCUGCUCCGUCUGCAAGAAAAGUUUCUCUUGCAAUGGAAAUCUGACCAAUCACAUGAAGAUUCACACAGGAGAGAAACCCUUCAGCUGCUCUGUUUGCAAGAAAAGAUUUUUGCGGAAAACUUACAUGGACACUCACAUGUUAACCCAUUCAGGAGAGAAACCCUUCAGCUGCUCUGUUUGCAACAAAAGAUUUACACAGAAAACUCAUAUGGACAUUCACAUGAUAACCCAUUCAGGAGAGAAACCCUUCAGCUGCACUGAAUGCAAGAAAAGCUUCUCUUGCAAAGGAAAUCUGAACAAACAUAUGAGGAUUCACACAACAGACAAAAACUUGAAUUUGCUCUGA